AUGACAUUUGCUACAUUGCCCAUCGUCAGCCUUGAUAUCUUCCUGAACGAACCUCCUGAAUCACAGGCGGUUGUAUCGGAGUGCAGAAAGGCGGCUGAUGCUCUCAUCACAUAUGGAGCCUUGCUAGUCGAGGAUUCCCGUGUCUCAGAGGACGACAAUAAUGCCUUCCUGGACUUGAUGGAGGACUACUUUGCCCAGCCGGAAGAGGCCUUGCGGAAGGACGAGAGACCCGAGCUAGGCUACCAAGUGGGAGUUACACUCGAAAAUACCGAGAAGCCCAAGUGUGCCGUUGAUGAGCCAUGCCUGCAAGUUAUCACUCGCCUUGACCCAGCCGAGAGACCAUUAGACAUCACCGGUCACCAACCUGAUCCUAAAUGUCGCUUCUUCUGGAAAAUGGGCGAUGUACCGCCGUAUGAAACGAAAUAUCCCUCUCUUAAUGCACCGAAUGUUGUUCCUGAGAACGAGGAAAUAAAGUCGAGAUGGGUACCUACACUGGAAAAGUGGGGUAAUUGCAUGAAGAAUGCUGUAAUGGGUGUUGCUGAAAUGGCUGCUCUUGGUUUGGCUCUGCCACGCGAAACGUUCAUUGAAGCAAGCCGCUAUGGUCCCCAUCUUCUUGCACCGACAGCAUCAGACCUUAAGAAAUACGGACAGAAAGAUACAAUCCUUGCAGGUUUCCACACAGACCUUAACUUCCUCACAAUUCAUGGAAGGUCUCGUUACCCUGGCUUGAACAUAUGGGCACGUAAUACCGGGAAACGUAUUCCUGUGAAAUUCCCGCCUACCGGACGCUACCUCCUUGUUCAAGCCGGUAAGCAGCUCGAGCAUCUCAGCGGUGGGCUUGUCAAGGCAGGGUACCACGAAGUUGUAGUGAACGAUAGCACUUUAGAGGUUACUGAGAAGAGGAAGCACAGCCAUCCGGACCGUCCACUCAUACGGAUCUCGAGCACCUUCUUUUACCACCUUUCGUCCGAUUUUGACCUUGAUCCCAUACCGUUGUUGGCCGAUAAGGCAAGAGAAUUGAGGGCACAAGCUAUCGAUCUAGGAACUGUGGCUGAAGAUUCGGAAUACCCGCCGAUGAAAGUGGGCCAGCAGGUCCAAAAUGAACUACGUCACAUCGCUCUGAUGGCCUGAAUGGGAAGAAUGAACUGUUUUAUUUGAUUGAUUUGGAAUGCAGACAUAUUAUUCUCGGUUUGUUAUUACACACAGGGUCU